AUGGCCAAACUCUCCUCAUUCUGGACACUUCUUUUCCUCGUCAUCGCAUGCACGUCUCUUGUGUUUGCACAAGACGAACAACAAGAGAACCCAAUUAUCACUGCUGAUCUUGAUAUCACUGCACAAUUCCCUGAUAACCCAUUUGGAUUGAUCGUCAAUGGCCAGCGCAACAAGGUUCUUUUAUCAGUUACCAAUAAGGAAGAUGUGGAUUACUCUGUGCUCGCUGUUUCUGCCAAGGUUUCCCAUCCUGACAACCCUGACAAGAUCCUUCGCAACUUGACCGCUCUUCGUUAUGACUUGAACAUCCCUGCUGAAGGUACCGUCGAGAUCCCUUACGCUUUUUACUCUGAAUUCGCACCUGGAGAGCUUGCUUUGACCGUGUUCGUUGAUGUUUUGGGCGGCGAGAAGAUUGUCCGUGUUACUGGUUAUGAUGGAUUGAUCACUAUCACUGAUCCCGAGACCUCGUGGUUGGAUCCUCAAUUGAUCUUUUUGUACAUUGUUCUCGGUGCCAUCAGUCUUGGUGUUGGCUAUAUCAUUCGUGAAGCAUUCUUUGGUGGUGCUAAGAAGACCAAGACCAAGAAGGCAUCAAAGGAACCUGCUGUUCAACCUUCCCACCGCGAUGAAAAGGGUCAAAUGGUUUUGGAUGAAUCCUGGAUUCCUGAGCAUCAUCUCAAGAACAGCCCCAAGCAGUCUCCUCGCGCCAAGAAGAGAUCCAACCGCAAGUAA